GAAGGGUUGCUCCCUUAAAAAACAUGUGAAUAUUCUCCAUCCAUGAAUGUAAUGACAUAUAAAUCCUUUUUUAUCUUUGUAAUGUGUGUUGGGAUUGAAUUUAUUUUAUUCUCUGGCAUGUUUGCCACUUAAAGAUGUGGCAACUUAUCCUCAAGACAUUUCAAAUCAUUUCUUUCAUUGAAGAAAAAAACAUUCGUACAUUGGUGUCUUUCGAGGCGAUCGCGAGUCCAACGAUUUCAUUUCAUCAACGAUUUCCCUCGAGAUGUUUUUACCAUUUCAAGAGAAGAGGAUCAUUUGGAAAAAAUUCUGCAUACGCCGUUUGAGGAUUAUCUGCACCGUUAAUUAAUGAAACCAUACAAACCCAAUGGGGCACAUUUGUCUUGCCUCAAAUGAAAUCAGCCACAAUGUUGGCCUAACAAUGUUGGGCAAUGUUCCCCAAAACGUAAAGGCACAGUGAUGCGUUUUUCCUAAAAAGCAAUGUCUUGACUCGCACACAAAUGAUUCGUCUUAAUCCUCACUAAUGGCCCAAGACACGUGUGGCGACGUCGGUACCUGCAGAGACCCGGGCCUCUGCCUGGAUCCUCUCCUUGUCUUUUCAUUGAGGUCGGCGCAUUCCUGGGGGUCCACCUCUUUAACGACGUAGCGGCCAGUUGCCAGAUCGUCAACUCAUCCAGAGGAAACUGAAAAUGCUGGAAAACGACACAAAUGAAGCCGAGUGCAGCCGCGCGCUGGUUCAAACCAAAAGUGACGCGUGUCAACUGAUAAAAGCAAAUCAGCAUUUUUAACGACUUUUUCGGGUUUUUUUUGCGUGAAAUCCAGGAAAAGUGUUUCCCCAUCGACUUGCAGUCGUUUACUGUUAUCACAGCGCCGGUGAGACUUCAUUAGGAUGUUCUGGACUUUCGCAGGAGGAAAUUCUCCCUAAUUGGACUUUGUCGAAUUUUAAUUUAAUAACCCUGUAGUAUAUCCUACAACGAACAACGACGUCAUAUAAAAUGCGCCCUGAGUCGCGCUGCAGCUUUAAAUUCAGAUGUCAAGUGAUGUCAAUAAAAAAUAUAUAUAUAUAUUAUCUUCUAAAAGGAAAAAUGAAUAUGCAGAAACUUUCUUUGGUUAUCACUUGUUGACAUCAUUGCUGAACGGCGAAUUAAUGUCAGGACUCUGAUGGCGCGAUCAUAUUGGGCUCUAAACGUUUGAAAUUGAAUCAUUUUCAAGGCAAUAUUUCCGUCCGGGAGCCCAGAGAAAAGGGGAAAAGCCCGUUGGAAGCUUUUCAAGUGCACAUUUAUCAGAUCGGGUACGGACUACGAAAGGUUCUACGAAGCUUUCACGUCGUCACGCUGCUGCGUCACCGGAUUUGUGCGGCGAAUUCACAUUUGCGUUUUAAUACGCUGCGUAUUUAUUAAUCAUGCCGCUCGCUCUCUCUCUCUCUCGUACGUUUCAGCGAAGCGUUAAAUCUAAUAAUAUCCAGUUGUGCAAGUGAGCGCCAAAGAAAUGUAUCGGACACACUCAUGAACUGUUUUUCAAUUAGUUUUUAAAGGUUUCCGAAGAAUUUGCGACUCAACCGGCACGACCCGUUUUAAAUUUUGCUGCAUUUGAACAUUUAUUUGCCACAUUUCCAUUGUCUGAAUUUUUGGUGUCAUUUUGAUUUGCACCUUUUGCAAUGCUGCCACUUUUCAUGCCUCCCCAAGAUAUUUGAUCUCUUCUCUUCAAUCACUGACACGUUUCAGGAUUUCGGACGACAAUUUAAAGGCGCCGGUUCGCGAACGGACCGCACUUUUUCACGCAUUUUGAGACGCCCGAAGAAAGAAAAGGAAGCGGUAAACCCACGUCGAGUCAUGUCUCGCCGACGAAGCCACAGCCCGUCCCCGUCCCGCACCUGCAGCAGCAGCGAUCCUCGAGAUUUGGAGAGGCGGAUAUUUGUUGGGAAUUUGCCGACCUCCGACAUGGAAAAGAAGGAUUUGGAAGAGCUGUUCGGCCCUUAUGGGAAGAUAAUCGGCGUGUCCCUGUUUCGUGGGUUCGGAUUUGUACAAUUUGAACGUGUUGAGGAAGCGGAAGCUGCAAAGUCUGGCCAAAAGGGUCGAAUAUAUAAAGGUUAUAAAAUAGAUGUAAAUAUGGCAGUGGAGCGACGGCAAGCUAAACCUCAAUCCCAGCAGAGCCCUCCACGAAGGGCCGGCUCCGCCUCCACCGCCCCCCUCGCCGCCUACGGCGGUUACGCCGACGGCAAAGAGCCUCGGCCGCGCUCGCGCUCGCCCGUCUACGGCCGCGAGUCUCGAGAUGGCCGCGAGCCUCGGGAGGGCCGCGAGCCUCGGGAGGGCCGCGAGCCUCGGGAGGGCCGCGACGGCCGCGAGCCUCGGGAGGGCCGCGAGUCACGGGACGGCCGCGACGCGAGGGACUCGGCCAGAGAGGCGAGGCCGGCCGGCCACUCUCGCGACCACGACUACCGGUACCGCGCCGCCGAGACCAGAGACAAAGACGCCAGGGAUCCUGCGUACAGCAGAGACGACUACGACCGAUUCUACCGCGGCGGCAGCGGCGCAGAAGAGUUCUACCGGAGGAAGGAGGAGCCCCACAGGGACCCGUACCGAGAUGCCUGGAACGGACGCCGCGAGCCAGAAGCCGCCGCCGCCGCCGCCGCCAGCCUCGCUUCCGCGGCGGACGACCGCGCUCGACCGGAGGAGCGCCGCCGCAACGAGUUGUACCGGCAGUACUACGAGGAGCUGCAGCGGCGCUCCGACAGCGAGCGGCCCGUCGACUGCUCGGUGAUCGUCGUCAACAAGGCGCAAAAUGUGUACAUGUGCUUCACAAACACCUGUCGGGAGUAUGCUGAGACGGUCGGACGUAAAGUCCGUGACCUGGGCAUGGUGGUGGAUCUGAUCUUCCUCAACACCGAGGUGUCCCUCACCCAGGCGCUGGAGGACGUCGGCAGAGCCCGCACGCCGUUCGCCAUCAUCAUCACCCAGCAGCACCAGGUCCACCGGUCCUGCACCGUCAACAUCUUGUUCGGCACACCGCAAGAGCAUCGCAACAUGCCGAUGCAGGACGCCAUGAUGCUGGUCGCCCACAACUACGACACCUACAAAGUGGAAAACCGUGAAAAAGAGCGCGAGGAGAUCGCCAGGAAGGCCGCCAAGAUGGCGGACGACGUGCUGCUCCGGGAGCCGGACAGGGAGAGCCACCCCGUCUCCGUGCUCACCUCCAUCACCCUGCUGUCGGAGAACAGAUUUGUAACCCCCGAUGAAAUGGACACGCUCAUCGCGUACCUGAAGGACAAAAGAGCUCGGCUGCUGCGAAGCGCCGCAGAUCCAGCCGGAGUCCACGGUGCGGCUCCGGCGGCGGCGCACCGCGACGUCCCCGCCUCCGCCGCGGGGCUGGCUCCUCCCUCCCACUCCGCUCUCGCCCAACCGCAGUCCGGCCACCUCGGCCUCCCGGCGGCGGCGACGAGCGCCGCGGCGACCCCGAGCCACCAGCAGGAGCUGCAGGCCAAGAUCCUCAGCCUGUUCAACAGCGGCGGCGGGGCCCCGGCGGCGGGCGCCGGAGGCCCGGCCCCCGCCUCCCAGUCCAAGGCGUACGCCGCUCUCGGCCCGGCCCCCGUCCAGGUCCCGCCCCGCCAGCCCAUGGCGGGCCCCUCCGCGGGCGCGUCCCAGGGUUACGGCGCCCCGCCGGGACGCAUGCAGGUCCCACCGGGGGGGCAGAGGCUCCCCUCGUCCGCUUCGGGCAUCAAUUUUGACAACCCGAGUGUGCAGAAAGCGCUGGACACGCUCAUCCAGAGCGGACCGUCUCUGAACCACCUGGUGAGCCCCGCCGCCGCCGCCGCCGCUCAGCAGCCCCCCAGCAGCAUGGGCCAGGCCCCGCCUCUCUCCAUGUACCCCCGACAUUACUGACAGACGAAUGAAUCACGUCCCUGUGACACGUAGACGCCACGUCGGCCCUCUGCAGUGAGUUUACCCGCUGUAAUAUUGGUAGGUUGGAUGUUUUGUAAAAGCUUUUAAUCCGUGUUUCUUUAGUGUUGUGUUUUAGUUUGAUUCCGGUUAUUACACGGUUAUUACAAUCUGUUGGAUGACUUGUCCAGACUACCUAAAGGUCUGUGUUUUCAAUUGUUAUUAGCCAGAAGGUAAUUAUUAAUUGAUUCUCGUGACACGUGACAUGAACUGAGGAGAAGUGACGUGUGUAAAAGUACAUUAUAUAUUUUGGUUUAUGAUGGACUCCUUUGUUCUUUUCCAACCGUGAUUUGUUUUAGUCUUUUUUUUAAUUUGUAACACUUUCAUUGUCAAAACAAGACGAGAUUAAAAACUCCAGACACA